AGAUGCCUGCUUCCCUAAAUGAAUGACAAGUCCAAAUUAAAUUUGGAGAUCUCUAGAGACUAAAUGAAUAUUGUUGCAGUGAUGCUAGUAUAAGAUUUAUGAUGGGGAGACUGGAAGAGCGUUUGGGUACAGGCCCAGUUUCGCGGUUUGAUCUUGUCGCAGCUUCAGAGCAUUCCUCUAUGAUAAAAAAGGAUGAGGAAUUAUCCCUAGAAGAGUGGUAUUCCUGCUGCAAGUCAACUGAACCUCAGACCGCGAGCUAUGACUUCUUUUGCCGAGGAUGGCCUGAUGAUCCCCUCCAUCCUAAAGUUGGAUUUAAGGAGGACUCUUUUUCUGGCUUGACAAUGUCCUCAUCAGUAUUGGAUGCUGACAAACAGUUCACUGAGAAACAACAAGAAGCUGAGGAAAGUUGCCGUAAACAAUCUGAAUCUCGGUCUCAUCCUGAGAGCAAGAGAAGCUCCCCGGACACAGACCAGCUGCUGCCACGUGCUGAUGGCAUAAGAGCAGUGCGGUUUGUGCCUCCCGUGUACACCUCCAAACACGUCCGUGAUGCAACGCAGGAGCUGGUGUGCUUUACCCCCGCCAGCCUUAAACAAAGAACAUCUCCUGACGAGGAAAUAGAACGAGGCGCCCUUCGGGAGGAGACAGUGGGCACCCCCGAGGACCUCCCCCGGCCGCCUCUCCUUCGUCGUAACCUCAGGAAGAUGAUCAGCAGGCUACGGCACCAUGGAAAUAUGGGCUGGAGGCUUGACGGGCAGGGUGAAGGGUUUCCGUUGCUAACAAGCCUGCCAACGGAGGAAGUUCUGUACAGGCAGCACCGCGCUCUGUCCCCCACGUCAAGCCCCCUUCAGAAGCCUCUUGUUCGCUUCGUCGAGGCAGCGGAGUCAGACGCGUCGCUGUCGCUGACGCCGGCGUGUGCGGUGCACGUGGCGCUACAGGAGCUCAGGUUCGACCACCACCCUCUGCUGGCGCCCGAGCACCUCGUCGCCAGCGCCCUCGUCAGCGCCGUCCGUCUCUACAACGAACGCAUCGCCAGCGCCUGCACCGACCUGCUCCUGCACAAGCUUAAGAGCGCCGACGCUGAAGCUGAAGCUCGCUGGUGGACAGAAGCACAGGCGCAGGAAGUAGCAGACCGUGUACAGGAGGAGCAGCAGCGAUACGACCAACAGAUGCACGUGUACCAGCAGCAGAUAAACACGUGGAGGCAGCUGCGCAAAGCUAAGAAGGCGGCGCGGCGUCGCCUGCAGGUGGCAGGCGAGGAGGCGUCUCUGGUCGCCGCAGACGAGCGCGAAGUCGCGUCGCCUGUGCCCCCGCGCCCCCCACACCCCCAGCCCCCCCGUGCGAAAAACCUCAUCACGGAGGAAGUGCAGGCGACGUUUGAAGCGAGUCUGCGGCCUCCAGGCGAGCCUGAGCUGCAGCUGCUGCUGACGACCACAGCUGAGGUGUCGCCUGCCAAGCUCUGUUCCGUGCAGGAGAGGCGCAGGCGACAGGCGGUUGCACGCACUGAAGUUGCCGUCAAGAUAUUCGUGAACAACAAAGCUGUAACACAAACGCCUUGGUUACGUUUGGACGACAACAACCUGACGCUGCCGCUGAACUUCCCUGUGGUUGCUACCACAGUUCACCAACCACGCACUCUAGCGCUGCAGCUGCUACAGUCCACCACCAGCACCACAACCAAGCUACGCAAGGUCAUCACACUCGGCCACCACACCACAGACCUCACACGGUGCCUUGACUUCGACAGCUCCGAGGCGAAGGCACCACAGUCUCUGGACAUCACCUUCACGUGUGAUGAG